AUGUUGCGUUGUGCACUCUUUCGAGCCCGCCACUUAAUGCCCCUUACUUUUCGUUUUGAAGCUCGGAACAUGUCUGUCAGCUUAAGUCCCUUUGAUUCGGAGGUUCUAGAUUAUGACAAGUACUACCAUUCGCUUAAAUGCGUCAACGAAACUCUGUGUCGUCCAUUGACGCUCUCAGAAAAGAUUUUAUAUAGCCAUUUAUCUGAUCCAAAGACUAAGGAUAUUGUUCGUGGCUCCAGUUACCUGAACCUCUCUCCUGAUCGUGUCACUUUGCAGGAUGCCACUGCACAGAUGGCCAUCCUCCAGUUCAUGUCAAGCGGUCUACCGCGUGUGGCGGUUCCUUCCACUGUUCACUGUGAUCACCUGAUAAUUGCACGCGAGGGCAGCCACAAAGAUUUGUUCGAUGCAACAGUAACCAACAAAGAGGUGUAUGACUUCCUCGCUUCUGCUUCGGCCAAAUAUGGACUUGGCUUUUGGCAUCCAGGUUCUGGUAUCAUACAUCAAAUUAUGCUGGAAAAUUACUGCUUCCCUGGUGCUCUUAUUAUCGGAACUGACAGCCACACGCCAAAUGGUGGAGGACUUGGCGGUCUCUGUAUUGGAGUUGGUGGGGCCGAUGCCGUGGAUGUUAUGGCUGGUUUAAGUUGGGAACUCAAGUGCCCAAAAGUAAUUGGUGUCGAACUUACUGGGAAGAUGUCCGGCUGGACCUCCCCCAAAGACGUUGCUGAUAUUUUAACGGUGAAGGGCGGUACCGGGUCCAUAAUCGAGUACUUUGGUCCAGGCGUGGACUCCAUCUCUUGUACCGGCAUGGCCACCAUCUGUAACAUGGGCGCCGAAAUAGGAGCUACGACGUCCGUUUUUCCCUUUAACGACAGGAUGGUCGACUUUUUGCAAGCAACUGGCCGAAAAGAUAUUGCUCAGCUCGCUUCAAACUACAAGACCAAACUACUUUCGCCCGACAAAAACUGCGUCUACGACCGUGUCAUCCAUAUCGACUUGGACAAACUGGAGCCUCAUGUGAAUGGGCCUUACACACCUGACCUCGGUCACCCAAUUUCCAAGCUUAAAGAACAAGCCUUAGCUGCUGGUUGGCCAAUGGAGAUAUCUGUGGGUCUAAUUGGCUCCUGCACCAACUCAUCUUACGAGGACAUGUCUCGGGCCGCGAGUAUCGCCAGGCAGGCCAUAAAUCACGGCGUAAAAGCCAAGUCGAAAUUCACCAUCACACCGGGCAGCGAGCAGAUUCACGCCACCAUCGAACGCGACGGCUUGGCCGACGUCUUUCGUGAAAUUGGCGGGCUCGUAUUGGCCAACGCGUGCGGACCGUGCAUUGGUCAGUGGGCUCGACGUGACAAGAAGAAGGGCGACAGGAACACCAUCGUGACGUCCUACAACCGCAAUUUCACCGGACGCAACGACGCGAACCCGGCAACUCACGCGUUUGUCGCUUCACCGGAAGUGGUCACGGCUCUCGUCCUUGCUGGUGACCUCGGAUUCAACCCCAUCACCGAUGACCUCACUGCCGCUGACGGCUCCAAGUUCAAACUCCACCCACCGACAGGCGACACCCUACCACAAAGUGGGUUCCAGUCCGUGAAGCCCCUGUACCAGCCGCCACCCGCCGACGGCUCCGACCUCAAGGUCAUCGUGGACCCCAAAAGCGAGCGUCUGCAGGUGCUGGAGCCGUUCGCCAGGUGGGACGGCAAGGACCUCCUCGACAUGCCCAUCCUGAUCAAGGUGAAGGGCAAGUGCACCACCGACCACAUCUCGGCCGCGGGCCCAUGGCUGAAGUAUCGCGGCCACCUGGACAACAUAUCGAACAACUUGUUUAUCGGGUAA